GAGAGAGAGAGAGAGAGAAAGUGAAUUAUGUUUUUAAAAAUUAGUUUUCAACCACUAAAGCUAAUACUCAUAAAUACAACAAAAUAAAAGUGAAAGUAUAACAAUGGACUAUAAAAGCCUUGUACAGUUGUUUUCUGUCCAGUUAACACAUUAGCUGAAUGAAUCAACACAGCACAAACUACAGGUGAAAAACAACAUAAAAAUGGGGUCAUCAGAAUCAAAGCCUGCAGCAGCACCAGUGUCUAAGCCAGAAUUUAAUAAACCAUGGAGGAACUUUAAAUGGGAUCAGAAAGAUGCCCUGAAAAAGCGUCUAGAAGAAUUCACUCCCAGUAAUCCAGAGGUGAAACACAUCCAAAUCCUGGUUGCCGGACAAAUUGGAGCAGGAAAGUCCAGCUUUAUAAACUCCGUCAAUAGUGUCUUUCAACAACAGGUCAGAGCAAAUGCACUAGUUGAUGCAGCUGGUGGCAGUAAAAGUUUCACAAAAACACUCAAAGGAUAUCGCAUCAAAAGUAGAGAUAGGACUUUGCCCUAUAUCUUCAAAGACAUAAUGGGCUUAGAAGCUGACAUUUUGGCCGGUUCACAACCAGAUGACAUUGUCAAAGCUGUGUUUGGCCACGUGAAGGAUGGCUAUGAAUUUGACGAGAGAGACUCGCUCCCUCAAGAUGAUCAGCAUUAUAACAGUAACCCCAACCUCUCCGACAAGGCUUUCUGUUUGGUUUAUGUCAUAGCUGCUGAUACAGUAACAUUCACAGAUGACAAACUUGUUGACAAGUUCAAGAUCAUCCGCCAGAAAAUCAGUGAUAGGGGGAUUCCUCAAGUGGUUGUCAUGACCAAAGUAGAUGAAGCAUGUCCACUGGUGAAGAAUGAUCUAAGGAAGAUCUACACUAGCAAAAAAAUCAAAGAGAAGAUGGAGAUGUGCCGUGAUAAGAUUGGGGUACCAAUGUGCAACAUCUUUCCAGUGAAGAACUACCAUGAAGAGAUCGAAACUGAUGAUGAUACUGAUGUUCUGAUUCUAAAAGCACUGGAGCAGAUUGUUUGUGAGGCCAACGACCAUCUGAUUGAUAGUAGCCACUGACAUUAAAAAAGAUUUACACAAGAAAGUCAAAUAGAAGAUGGACAUGUGCUGUGAUAAGAUCGAUGUACCAACGUGCAACAUCUUCCCAGUGAAGAACUACCAUGAUGAGAUUGCUAAUUAUUGCUAAUAAGCUAUACUGACAAAAACACAAUAUUAAAGCAUAAAUAACUAACAACUUUGAAAAAAAUUGUCU